GCAGGCAGUCAGUGCGUCAGAAACAUUCGCAGGGCGCUCAUCGUGCGGCCCAAAUCCUAUUCCGCGCUGCCACCGUGGCACAGACAAAGCGAGCGAACGAGAGAAAGAGCCAGAGAAAGAGCGAGAGAGAGGGAGAGAACGAGCGAACAAGAGUGGGAAGCAGCAGGCGCUGGGCCAGCUGGCACAGAAAGCGGAACUGGCCACCAAUUGAUUUUUUCUUUGGCAGCAACGGGAAACAACGCGCAAAAGUGAACCCAGAAACGGUAAACAAAAGAGCGCAGCGUUUGAGGCCUGCGAUUCCAUAUGGAAAUGGAGGAGACACUGCAGUUGGUCGAGACGGAGGCAGAGGCUACGGAAUCAAUGGAGUCAAUGGAAUCAUCCCCCGUUGAAGGCCAGCAGCAGCCUGUGCAUGAGACGAACAGCUGCGACGGCAAAGCUGUCACAUAUCCGGAGGAAACCGAGCCCGAAACGGAGCCCGAGCAGAUGCUGAGCGAGCGAUGGUCGCCGCUGGGUGCCAACUACGAUGACGCCAACAGCGCCAGCUCCGGUGUGGACUGCGAUCUGGAGCCCACAUUGCUGGGCCUCAGCCUGGCGAAGGGCGGCCCCGGCAUGGAGACGGAGAGUGCCAGCGAACUGGCGCGCCUUCGCAGCAUCGAGGAUGAGCAGGAGCUGCUCACCAGCUCCCUGCUGGCCCUCACCUCGCACUUUGCCCACGUCCAGCUGCGGGUGCGACAGAUUGUCGAGGCACCCGCUGAGGAGCGCGACCAGUUGCUGCGCGAUCUGGAUGACUUUGCCUUCCAGGGCAUACCCGAUGCGGGUCUCGGCCAGCAGAAGGACUCCCUGGCGGAGGGGGAGGCGCAGGCGGAGCGGGAAACGGAGUCCGAUGGCCAGCUGAUUGAGCAGCUCAAGUCGCAGCUGACGGAGCUGGAGCAGUUGGCCUACGAGGCCGGUGAGCCGGGCAUCCUGCCGCAGCAUGUGCUCCUCGAGAAGCAGAAGUUCAUACUGGACGAGCUGCGGGCGAAGCUGAACCUGCAGGUGGAGCAGCAGGACCUGCCGUCGCUCAGCACGGAUCAGCUGCGCCACCAGGUGGACAAUGCCAUCGGCGAGUUUGUGGGCCCACUGAAGAUGAAGGAGCAACUGGUGGCCCAGCUGAAGACGCAGAUCACCGACCUGGAGCGCUUCAUUGCCUUCCUGCAGUGCGAUGCGGCCGGCUCCGGUUCGGGCGCUUCGACCAGUGGCAGCGACAGGCUGAAGCUCCUCUCGGGCGCCUACAACAGCUAUGCGGCCAAGCAGACGGCCCGCUCCCAGGCCACGCUGCCCGCUCCGGCGGAGACUUCGUCUGCCCAUUCCUCCAUCCUGCCCGUGGCCCAGGCGGGCGAGAGCCUGCACAGCAAGGCGCACGGACUGCUGGACAAGGCCUCCAUCCUGAUGCAGAUGUUCGCCAGCACGCACCUGGCCAAGCCGCGCGAGGAUUUCCAGCAGAACACCCUGAAGAAUACGCACAAGGGCAAUCACUGGGGGGAUCUUCGUGCCCAGCUGGAGGUGGACAUCCAGGAGGUGGCCGCCCUGGCCGCCACGCUCAGCUGCGACCGCGAGAAGUUGGCCAACAUCAAGCGGGCCCUGCGCCAACAGCAACAGCAGCAGCAGGCGGGAUCCUCGAGCACGUGCCUCAAUCCACAGAACGGAGCGUUGAUUACCUUGCCACCGCGCUGCAGGCGGGUUGUGGCCGCUGGCCAUGAGCUGGCACCAUAUGCCACGGCCGCUGCGUCAGCGGCCACCUCCUCCGACUCGGACGAGGAGGCCAGCUACGACCGCUUCGAGUGGGAGAAGGAUAUCAAAGGUCUGAGUCUGGGCAGGCGCAUCGUACACAUGCGCGGCGACUCCAUAGCCACCAUUGGACGCGAACUGACGACGGUGGUGCGCAAGAACUUUGCCCGCACCCUGCAGCAGCUAAUCCAGCAUGGCCUGCGGAUACCCGCCGAAACGGCGGCAUCCAGCCUGAUGGUGCCCUUCAUGCGGUGCCUGCAUCCGGGCACGCAGCGCAUGGCUGCACCGUCUUCCCAGGAGUCGCCGUUUCUGGGCCUCGGCCGGGGCAUGCACGCCUGGGAGCUGAUUUUCGAGUACUACCAGAUGAAGCAUGGCGAAGAGUACAACAAUACGCCGGCGAGGAAGCUGUCGCUGAGCUUCCAGCUGGACAUUGUCGACGCCCAGGCAGUGACGGCCAAGCAGAGCCUGCUCAGCACCGUGGGCAUGAUCCUGGCCAUGCACAAGCCCUACAAGCGCAGCCACAACGCCCACUUCAAGGCGUUCGUCUGUGCGGGACUCAACUCCCAUUUGCUGGUGGAGUGGCUGAAUCUGAUCCUCAGCUGCAACGAGCUGAUCGACACCUACUACUCGUCCACCAGCUAUGUGGCCCGCACGGGCUUCCGCGACUCGUUGCGCUCCAUCGACGCCCUGUCCAAGUAUGACUUUGAUCUGCCCGUGGACCUGGCCAUCCGCCACUUUCGCAACAUCUAGAGAGGAAGGCCACGAAACCAGCUGAGAAUUCUUAUUUAUGUGUAUGAUAUAUUUUUGGCCAGGAUGGCCGGGCUGCUGCCCGAGAUGGCAUCCUGGCAACUAGUCCAAAUCGUACUCUCGUACUAUUCCCUCACUCUUAUGUAUAAACUCGUGUAUAUAACCUUAGAUAUGUCCCAUUAAAUCAAUUGCUAAUCCUAA